AUGAGCCUCUUCGAGGAGGAUCAACCAGAGCCACCACCGCAGCCGAAGACUGGGUGGCAAGAAGAACUUAAGGGAUAUCUUAAUACUGAACGGAGCAUAGUAAACCCAUGCCAUUUCUGGAAAGAGAAUGAGUAUAGAUUUCCGAUACUCGCAGCGGUUGCACGGGAUGUCUUUUCUAUCCCAGCUACUGGCGCCGGUGUUAAGCGCCUCUUUAGUACUGCUCGCGAUAUCUGCCAUUAUCGACGAGGCUCAUUGAACGAAGUAACAAUACAGGAUUUAAUGAUGCUUCGUUAUUUAUCCAAAUUUGAUAUUAAAAGUGAGGAAACUGGGGAGGAUUUCCAACCUGAGGCUACCUUAAAUCAGGACGAAAGGACUGAGGGUGAUGAGGUAAGGGAGGCGGGACUUCCUGAGUGUAUACCAGAGGCAAUUAGCGAGGGUGAGGACGGUGAUAACUCAGAUGAAGCAGGAGAGAUUGUUACCGAUCAGGAGGCCGCUGAGGAGUCAGAUGAUGAUUCGGCACUACAUCCAUUGCCUGCCAUCGAUACUACAAGUCAGGCACGCCCCCAAAGAGAUCUAAGGAGAAAGGUCGAUCCUUUACAAUUCUGGAAGGAAUAUGAGAAUGAAUUCCCAAUUCUUUCCAGUGUUACUCGCGACAUUCUCUCUAUUCCUAUAACAGGCGCUGGAGUUAAACGUCUUUUCAAUUUAGCACGGGAUGUCUGCCACUACCGACGUGGGCGGCUGAGUGCGAAGACAGUCCAGGAUAUCAUGAUGUUCCGGUGUAAAACCCAGUUCGACAUUAAAAUAGAAGAACUACCCGAUGAGGAUACGUCCUUAGAUUCAAUGCAAGAAGCAGACGAACAGAGAGAGGCUGAGCUUACCACUGACAUGCCUGAACUAAUCAGCGAUGGUGAGGAUUCCGAGGAUAAUGAUCCUGUUAGACUGAUCGAGCAUGAGUUUAUAAUGGAGAGUCAGCUUCCUCGUCCUUCUAUAGUGCUAAGUACGCGGAAGCGACAGAGAAGUGAGCUAGUCGACAGCGAAGAUGAGAGUAGUCCUCAUCUCCCUCAUUAUGGAGAUAAGGGUAGCACUCAAAAGCGCCCUGGUUUAAGAGAAGCAAGGAAGCGUGGCAAACCCAAUGAUGAUCAAUUUGUAUCGUAUUAG